CUGUGUGUCCCGAGCAGAGGAGGACAAGCGGGCGGCAGGGGAUCCCAGGCAGAGCCGGGGCCCAUCCAGGAGAAGGAGGACAGCGGGUUUGGAGGUGUUAAGUUAAAGGCUGCAUCAUGCGUGAAUACAAGCUAGUAGUCCUUGGGUCGGGUGGUGUUGGAAAAUCUGCCCUGACAGUCCAGUUUGUCCAAGGAAUUUUUGUUGAAAAAUAUGAUCCAACAAUAGAAGAUUCAUACAGAAAGCAAGUUGAAGUUGAUGGGCAACAGUGCAUGUUGGAGAUCUUGGACACCGCAGGAACGGAACAAUUCACAGCAAUGCGUGAUCUGUAUAUGAAAAAUGGACAGGGCUUUGCAUUAGUGUACUCUAUAACAGCACAGUCCACUUUCAAUGACUUGCAGGACCUCAGAGAACAGAUCCUCCGAGUAAAAGACACUGAUGAUGUGCCAAUGAUUCUGGUUGGCAACAAGUGUGACUUGGAAGAUGAAAGAGUGGUGGGAAAAGAACAAGGUCAGAAUCUAGCAAGACAGUGGAAUAACUGUGCGUUUUUGGAGUCUUCUGCUAAAUCAAAGAUAAAUGUCAAUGAGAUAUUUUAUGACCUUGUGCGACAGAUUAACAGAAAAACUCCUGUACCAGGCAAGGCACGCAAAAAGUCAACAUGUCAUCUGCUUUAAUACACAGAUGUACUGUAGCUCUGAGCCAGGUCUGAAGAACUGUUGUCCGACAACAGUGCCAGCAUUCCAACUCUAUUAACCCUGUCAACGAUUUCAAUGGACUUUCCUGUGGUGGUACCCUUUACAAAAUGGAUGAAAGUUGCAAGCUCAGAUUGUGCACCAUCAAAACCCUGCCCAAAAUCACAAGAAAGAUGCCUGCUUUGAAAUGUUCUUCACGUAUGCAACCGGGAACAGCAGAGCCCACAUCCAGUAUUACUGCUAACAGAGACAUUGUUCACCCAGCAAUGUUUAUUGCACGUCUGAAAACGUGUACUGUGUUCUUUCACGAGCCCCUCCUCUCUACAGGAGUGUACAAUGAAAAGCACCACUAUUUUAGCUUACUAAACGAGAAAGUCCAAAGAGCUUCUGUAAAGACUACUCCUGAUGAUCUUGCAUCUUUGGUAUUUGUAGCUCCUUGUAACUAUUUUUCCUUCCUUUUAAAGAAGUACAAGAGCAACAUCCAUUGUAUUGUACACAGUGCUUCUCAUAAAUAUAACAAUGGUUUCAUUUCUUUUCCUUUAUUAGUUCGUAGGGAGUCCUGUGGAGAGUAGUGUUGUCCCCUUCUGGCACUGAAUGGGGUCAUUAAAUCAUUUUUGUUCCUUGUACCUUGUCUUUGUCAACACUUUGCCUUUCAUAUCCUUUCAAAAGGACACUUCUAGGUUUCUGCUCUUUUAUUAAUUGCAGUCUUUAUUUCCCCACUCUACGGUUUGUUUACAUAGGGAAAAAUGUUUAUAGAUAUGUAUACAGUGGGGGUCUACAACAAGAAGUGUAUAUUUUAAGAUGUUUUUUUAAUGAUUUAUGAUUAUUUUGUAAAUCAUUUUCAGGCUUCUGCAGCUGUAGAUUCUCACUGUGCACCCUAGCCCUCUCCUUGCUUGCUCAUGCAUACAUGUGUUUGCAAUACCAAAUAUACAGAUUUAGUACAUUUUCCUGUCA